AUUUUUGUAUAUGGUCUUUGUCCUCCUGCUUACCACUCCAAUGCAUGUUCUUCUAAUACUUACCUAAUAUUCAACAGUUCUUCUGAUGAACCUCCUGCUUCCUUUUGCAUUGGCACGUUUUAUUACUGUUCUCUACUUCACCUAAACUAAACUUUUCUUUAACAUGUAAAAAUUCCUCCAAAAAUCUACUGCAUUUAUAUAUGGAUCUAGCAAGUGCUAACUACUGUGAACCUCCACCUCUGUUUCCAUCUCAAGGGGAAGCAACAUUAGAAGGGAAAAAUGAGAACCCAUUCUUGGAUAGUUUCCCUGACCCGCUUUGCAAACUUAAUCUAAAGGAGACAUCUGAUUUUGUGAAGUCAUUGCCAACAGCAAGCAAUGGAGCAGGUUUUUUAAGGAAAGAAGGAGUAAGUUCAGUGACAAGGAGGAAUAUGGAUGCUCCAUCAACACCGGGUCGACCCAUUUUCAGUUUCAGUGUUGGGAAUUUUUCAAGAAAAAAUUUCCCUUCUAAGUGGGAUGAUGCAGAGAAAUGGCUUGUUAAUGGAAGUUCUAUUCAAGAUUCCCCUGCUUCUCAUCAUAAUAGUAAUAAUGGCUUAAAGCCAGCAUUAGAAUCCUCAAAAUUGUUAAAGCAGUGCAAUGGGUUCAAGCUUAAAGAAACUGAAAAUGUCUUUGCAGAAAAAAACAGAGUUACAGAUGAAAAGGUAUCUAAAGUAGCUUCAGAUUUUCAGGUGUCUUUACCUUUACACCAUCACCGUAUUUCUACUGGAGCUGCCAACACUGUUUUUGCUGCAACUGAUGUUUUUCUAAAAGAUAAGUUCACAGAUGAAGUGGAAUCUAUUUAUCCCAAAUCUAGGUGCUUAGAACCUACAAAAGAAGGAUUUUUGUUUGGAAACGCGGCAGGAAAAUCAAUGAAAGAGGCAACAAUGGAGGCAAUUCAUGAGAUUAAACACAGAGAUAUUGGGACAGAAAUGACCCCAAUUGGCAGCUCUACUACUUCAAGAUGCCAUACUCCAUUCAAGAGCCCAUCGCCUGCUCGACACAAUACCCCCGCGGACAGAUCUGGACCAUUGGCCUUACCAAGUUCAGGUUCCGAUAGCACAGUUGAUAUCAUGCAAUUUCAGGAGUGCCAUCUAGCAAAAUUGCAGUUCGGGACACAAUUCGAUUCUGUUACAACCAAUUGGAGUUCGAGGGAAGAAGAAGAGGAGGAUGUAUCGAAGAGUUUGAGACAUUUUGAGAUAAAUAAUGAGUGUAGAAAGAGCGUCUCGGAGUCCAAAACACAUUCGUGGGAAGAAGAAGAGAAGAACAAAUGCUGUCUCAGGUACCAAAGAGAAGAAGCAAAAAUUCAGGCUUGGAUAAACCUCCAAAAUGCAAAAGCAGAAGCUCAAUCCAAAAAACUUGAGGUGAAAAUCCAGAAGAUGAGAUCAAAUCUGGAAGAGAAGUUAAUGAAAAGGAUGGCGAUAGUUCACAGAAAAGCUGAAGAAUGGAGAACUACAGCUCAACUACAACACAAGGACCAAAUAGAAAAAGUGGCUGAUCAAUCACGGAAGAUGAUGUUGACAAGGCAAAACUCACAUCUAGCUGCCCAAUCUUCCUGUGGGUGUUUGCCAUGCCGAAACCAUCUUAUUUAAUUCGAAUCGAGCACCAAUGUUCAGUGAGAUUCAUUCUGUAUACCUAUUGAGUUAUUACUCAGAAAAAAAUCUUAAUGCAACACUUUUACGGGCCAACACAUCAUACUGUGAAGUUCUAGUAGGCGAGUCUAACUGAUUGUAUGAAACGAUGACAUUAUGAGCUUUGACACUACGAUGAAAAAUUCGUUACUACAUAUCCUAU